GACGUGGUCCCCAGACUCUGGAUGAUGGACCAUUGGCCACGCAGAUGUCAGUAUCUUUCUCUUGGGGUACAUCGGAUGGCAGCUGCCGAGCAGAACCUAGCUGCAGUUGAUCUGCGAGUGACCGUUUCUUGUAGCUCUGCGGCAACAGCACUGCCGACAUCACACAGCUGCCAAACUCGUCAUGUUGCAACCAAGCGUUGAGAACCAUCCGCACAACUACGAACAGCAGGCUCCGCCAGCGCCCACGCCCAUAGCAUCCUCGAGUGCUACUAUUGAGGGCGGUCAAAGCGCUGCGAAUCGUAAGUCUCGUAUUGCUCUAGCCUGCAAAAGAUGCAAGAGGAGAAAACAAAGAUGUGAUGGUGCACGGCCCAGCUGUCAAGCUUGCGAUAGAGUAAAACAAGCCUGCACGUAUGAGAGGAUAGCGCGUCCACAGUACCCUGGUGGCAAAGCUUUAUAUAUCAGCGCUUUGGAGGAGCGCAUUGCGUUCCUUGAAGCUCGACUGCCUGAUCACGCUACGGAUCAUCUUGAUGGCGCAUCAGAAGUAGCCCAGCAAUCUCCGGUGGUAGCUGUCGCUGCAUCCCACCCGGUUUCUCAAGCUCGGAGAGGCUCACAUCGUGGAUCACAAGCUGGUUCAAACUCAGAAGAGAUUGAUUCCGAUGAUGGUACCUCGCUGGUGAACGGAGUCGCUUACCUUUCUUUGUGUGCCUCGGGUACUACCGAUACCAAUCACGAACCGUACUAUGUUGGAUCCAGCUCCGGAGCUAUCAUUGCUCAUGCCAUUCAGUCUUCCAUCUACCGUAGACCGAGCACUCAACCAGCUGAUUUGGCUACACCUACACAGAAGUCUCCGGCAUCAACACCGCCGGCACCACGAUAUCUUUCGUCAGCCCUUCUCGAGCCUGAUGCCCCUACGUCUGCUCUGCCAAAUCAAACUCAGGCGCGUAUGCUAUUUGAUUUCUUCUUCGAGCGAAUCCAUCCUCGCUGGCCUUUGCUAGAUCGUGCUGUAUUCGAAAAACUGUUUGAUGGACAGUAUCGCCCCGGGUUUCUUUCAAUCACGCAACGCAGUUUAUUGCAUCUGAUCUAUGCUAUCACGGCUCGCUUUUUGGCCGUUACCAAAAAGCCAUGCGGCGUUGACGAUGAGGUUCAGUUAUCGGCCGCAACCGAACCCAUGGAUCACAUUCUGAAGCAGCAUGACCUCGCGACUGUGCAAUUCCUCAUCCUUCUGGCAGUCCACGGUCAAAGAUCUCCCUAUGGUGCAGGAGCAUGGUCUCAGGUUCGAUAUGCUACAUCAGUCUGUAUCGAAAUGGGCCUGCACAGAAACAGAAGCGUACCAGGCUCUACUGCAUAUGCGAGAGAUACUGAAAUUCGACGGCGAGCCUUUUGGUCAUGUUAUUGCCUCGACAGAGUGAUCAGCAUCGUACUCGGUCGAUCGUUUGCAAUUGCGGACCGAGACAUCAGCGUAGAGUUUCCCAGUGCUAGUCCUGAGUUUUGGACAUUGACUCAUCGGGAUGAAUACGAUACCAACGGAAGACAGUGGUCCAAUGUACAGCCGUUCAUACACAUAAUCAAGUUGGAUCGGAUCCAAUCACGGAUUCAAAAAACAGUAUUCCGCGUGGACAAAGACGUAGUUGGUGGUACUUCCGAGGAGCGAAUCAAGCUUGACAGCAAAAUGUCCAUGAUGAGGAAGGAUCUUGACGAUUGGUUGGCUAGUUACCCCCAAACACCCAAAAACGACAACAAGAGUACAUGGAUGUAUGAUCCAGAGAACGCUUAUCUUGACGCGCGUGACUUCUAUGGCGUGCAGUAUCACAAGGCGGUCUUGUUCCUCUUCACUAUCUUUCUUCCCACACUUGAAACUUCGGACGAGCGCUUUGUCACUUGCGCGCACUCUGCUGCUAGUGUCUGCAACACUUACAAGCGGCUGAGUCAAAAUAAGACCUUGACGUACACCAUGAUUUCUUUACACUCUUGUUUUGUGGCUGGUCUGACGCUUGUCUACUGCAUAUGGCGAGAUCGUAAGCUCUUCUCGUACGAAGUCAUUGAGGCAACCCAGAGCUGCUCUCAAAUCCUAACUAUCUUUGGCGAGAAAUGGCCUGGAGCUGUCAAAUAUCGCGACAUCUUUGACGCAUUGUCCCAGAGCUUGUUCAAAUUGACCAUGGAGCCGUUAGACACAGCACGACACACUAAAUCUCCCCCAUCACUCCAGUUGAACAUCGAGAAACAAUCUGUCACUGCUGGUCAAUCUUUGCAAGGACGCAAUCCACCGAUGUCACCGGACGAAUGGCAGGCUACCAAGCCUACCAUGUCACAUCUCGUGACUGACGCAGUCAAAGAGGCUUUCAUGGAGGUCGAUGAAGAAGCACCCGGUGGGUGGCAAGGGUGGAGAAUGUGGAACGAGAUGGUCACCGAUGAAGAUCUCUCGACUCUGCGCCCCGCUGGGAUCGAUAGCGUUGGUGAUGGGCUGUUCGAAGCGAAUUGGAACUCGUACCAAGGCUCUGCGGUAUAUGGAACCGAUCCAAUUCAGGAUGCCACGAUGCAACUGGGCAACGACGUCAUGUUGGAUCAGCACCAAUGGCAUUUUUCUGGUUACACAUGAGUGCGGAGUGCGUCAGUCAGAAUGGUACAGUUGUCUGUUCCGUUUCGACCGAUGAUGGGCAGUACUUCAGGGAAGACCAAAGCUAAAUUUGAGAUUCGCUCUUGUGCUGCUAAAGUCAAUUUUUAGACAUGAGAAAGCACAGCGUUCGACACGCUCUGUUGAGCAGGCAUGCGGGUUGAGAAUGGAACUUCAUCGUGGAGCGUACAGUGUUCAAACGGAAGGAUCAAGAGGCGCAGGGAACAGUAUGAAAUGUGGGUGGUGUUGUGAAUUAAAUUAGAGUACA